AUGAUCUACUGUGAAACACCUGAAGAAGAAGCAUCCACAACUAGGAUCGUUCGCGGUUCCACUGUUGUUGAAGAUCCCGAAGAUGAUUUGGCGAAACAACGUUGUGCUCUUCGAUCGGAAGGAUAUGGAGCUCAAGGAUCUUUAUCGCGAUUCUCAACAGAAUCCGAUAAUCCAUUUAAUCUCCAAUCUUCUGAUCAUCCAGGUUUGAUGAUCGUGGUUCACACUCUUGAUGAUACGAAUUACAACAGCUGGUCGAUUGCUAUGAGGAUUAGUCUAGAAGCUAAGAACAAGCUUAGUUUUAUUGAUGGAUCUAUCCCUAGACCAUGCAAAAGUGAUUAUGAAUUCAAGAUCUGGAGUAGAUGUAAUAGCAUGGUGAAAUCAUGGAUUUUAAAUGUUGUGAAUAAAGAGAUCUAUGAUAGUAUCCUCUACUAUCAAGAUGCAGUUGGAAUGUGGAAUGAUUUGUUCACGCGAUUUAAGGUGAACAACCUUCCGAGGAGAUAUCAGCUUGAGCAAGCCGUGAUGACUCUGAGACAAGGAUCACUCGACUUAUCCAGUUACUUCACAAAGAAGAAGACUCUGUGGGAACAAUUAGCCAAUUCAAAGUCUAGAACGGUGAAGAGAUGUGAUUGUGAUCAAGUUAAGGAGCUGCUUGAUGAAACUGAUACGAGUAGAGUUAUUCCGUUUCUUAUGGGGUGAAACGAUGAUUUUGGAAACAUCAGGAAUCAAAUACUGAAUAUGAAGCCAAGACCAAGUUUGAAUGAGAUCUACAAUAUUUUGGAUCAAGAUGAGAAUCAGAGAGUUGUAGGAGUGUCUUCUUGACCAAUCUCUAAUCCUACUGCUUUCCAAUCUCAAGCUACGAUCCCGGAUCAGAAUUCAAUCCUAAUGGCACAAGGAAACUUCCAGAAACCUAAGUGUUCUCAUUUCUCGCGUGUUGGACAUACUGCGGACAAAUGCUACAAACUUCAUGGCUAUCCUCUAGGACAUCCAAGGGCAAAGAAGAACAACUAUGUUGGAAGUGCUAACUUGGCUAGUACUGGUCAUGUCGAAGAUAUUAAAGAUACACCUAAGGAGAAUCUCAGUGAAGAUAUGUCGAAUGAAAAACUCCAACAGAUGAUCUCUUAUCUAAGCACCAAGCUUCAAUCCUCGAGUGUCACUUCAUGCCCUGAUAAAGCCAUAGCUUCGACUUCAAAUUCCGUACCAACUAUCUCAC